GUUGCAGAAAAUUUUACGUAUUUAGAAAAAGAAAAUCUACCAGUGCAUGAUAUUGUCCUUAUGGACAAGCCCAAAAGUUUCUGGUGCAGUCCAAAUCAGUUUUCUGAAAUCAAAUCACCUGAGGUACUUACCACUACAGAUGGUGUAAUUACAAGAGAUGAAUAUCAUAGACCCAGAGAUCAAAGUAUCAUAGUUCUAUUCCAGAAUAGCAUACAAGAGAUUGUUCAGCCUAGACCACCUCCAUUUGCUGAUGGGGCGGAUGGGCAUCCCAGCAUAAGUAAAUAUGUGGAGAGUGAGCUUACGCUUGAGAAUUUGAAGCAUUCGGAAGCAUCCCUUCCAAAAUACCGGAAUCUUGAACCAUCUCUUGCAAUGGAUUGGCUCGAGAUCUCAUGGGAUGAGUUACAUAUCAAGGAGCGUGUUGGGGUUCUUUUGGGACUGUACAUCGAGCUGAAUGGAAUGGAUCCCUUCUGGUGCCCUUAGCAGGUGUGUACAGGUAUGGUGGGAAUGAGAUCGAUGUGAAGUUAGCGCAGGCGGAGGCUGAGAUGCUGCACGGUGCGAUCAGGAAGAAGGAGUUCGGGCAUGAAGAAAUUGUGAGGAUUCUGAGCACCAGGAGCAAGUCUCAGCUCAUUGCCACUUUUAGUCGCUAUAAAGAUGAGCAUGGCUGUUCAAUCACCAAGAAAGUAUUGCUUGCUCCAUGGAUCAAUUAAUUACCACGUAAUGCAAUGUGAACAUCUCCAAAAUAUGACAAAUCAAACUCAUGGUUGUGCGUGCAUCUUUAACCCCUCUUCCCCUCAAAUUGCAUACGGAGUUAACUAGCAGCUAGCAACAACAUCUCGUGCACCUCACUCAUACACAAUCGAGAGUGUGCCGCCGUCUCCUCCCUCUAAUCCCCCGGCCCAAGGAACUGUCAAUCUAAAGGGAGACCGGAGACGAUGGAUGACACAAGGCGGAGACAACGGAGGUGGUGUCUCCGUAGAUGGUGAAGGUUUACUUGGUUUCCGUUGAUCCAUUUGGUUCCCCUCUGCGUAUAUAAUGGCAGCUCUAUCAGAUUGCGGCAAGUUGCGGGGUGCAGAGGUUUUUGAGGGGCAGGGUUAUUUUUGUCCGUCGGAUAGAAAAUGAGUCCUAUUUAGAGCAUUUGAAGGAAGAUUCGGCGAACAAAUAUCAAACGGCUCUGCGUGCAACUAUCCGAUGCAUUACUGAUCCACAAAAGUACUAUGAGAAGGUGAUUCGUCACGCAUUGGCCAAAUCGGGGACGGAUGAGGAUGCAUUGACGCGGGUGAUAGUGACAAGGGCGGAGAAAGAUUUGAGGGAGAUCAAGGAGCUGUAUUUCAAGAGAAACAGUGUCACUCUGGAUCAGGCUGUUGCCAAAGAGACUUCUGGCCAUUAUCAGGCUUUACUCCUCACUCUUCUGAUGAAAUUGAUGAAUGAGUGAAGGAAUGCUUAUGGGUCAUUUAUAUAUGUUAUGUGUGUGAUGCUUUCCGUUUUGAAUGAACUUUUCUGGAUUUGUCGUUGGUACAUUUUCAUGUGUCUUCAUGCUGUUUGUUUUUCAAUUUCGAGUAUGUGUUCCAUGAGUCUUCAGUUAGUUUUGUGUUUUGAAGUCAAACAUUAGAUUGGUGUUUGUUUUAAUUUGAGGCAAGUUCAAGUCAGGGUAAAUGGCAAACAACUAAUUAAUUGGAUGAUUUGGAUCAUUGAUAACUUGCAAA